CGUAUUUGUGCGCAGUGCGACCUGUGAACCACGAGUUUUCAUUCAACGCGGAAAACGGAAAAAGAUAGGCAAGGUGGAAAUACAUCACACUGUCUGCAACAACAUAAACGCAAUAAUAAAACGGUUCACAAAAGUGUUGUAUUACUAUCUGUGUUCAAGAAAUAGUCGUAACUAUAAUUCAAAAUGCCACCACGAAAAAUCAAGAGGGAGGUCCUAAAUGAAACGAUUGAAACACAGCCUGCUAAGAAGUCAAAAGUUACCGUCUCACAUCCAAGUCACUGUACAACACCAGGUGUGGUGCUAACGCUAGGAGGAGGUGAUGUUGGACAGCUGGGAUUAGGUGACAAUGUGAUGGAACGAAAGAAGCCAGCCUUAGUGGACAUUCCUGAGAAAACUGUACAAAUAAUAGCCGGUGGUAUGCACACAGUGUGUCUUACAGAAAAAGGAAAGAUUUAUACGUUUGGAUGUAACGAUGAAGGUGCUUUAGGACGAGAUACAAGUGAAGAAGGAUCAGAAUAUGUUCCUGGUGUUGUGGAUUUUCAUUUUAGGGUUGUACAAAUCAGUGCUGGAGACUCCCACACAGCUGCUUUGACUGACGACGGAAAAGUGUUUGCAUGGGGUACUUUUAGGGAAUCUCACCAGCCCAACCAGAGUGCUGGUCGCUCAUGA